AUGAACAUUAAAAAAGAAUUAACUUAUUAUAAAAAUGAUUUAACCCAACAAGAACUGAGAGAUUCAGUAAACGACACAAUAAUUCCAAGCAUUGAUGAGUUGUUAUCUGAUUAUAAAUAUUUACCAUUAGGGACAUUAGAGGAUCAAGUUAACGAAUCAACUAAUAAUACACUCAUGAUUUCAGAAACAAUAGAUAUUACUAAUCUGACAUUUUCCUCUGAUGGUCAAUUGCAAGUUAAUAUGCCAACAAAUAGUAAUCUUGUCAAAAACCAGAAUUGGCUUGGAAAUAUGAAUCACAACACAGAAGAUUUAGUAAAUCGGAUGUUUGAAAUGAAUGAUGAGUAG